ACAAUAGGAACCGGUGAUGGAUAUGUCAUGUUCUUUGACAUUAGAGCCAUGAAAUAUCUCGAAUCUGACGGUCAGUCCGCUCUUAAGGCCAGCAAAGGAUGUUAUUAUCCGGAAGAGUUGUAUAGUGACAUGUAUAUGCAAUACGAGUAUUCGCCCGCUAUUUAUACCCAUCAAUACGACUCAUCAAAAACAAGGCUUUUCACAGCCGGCGGACCCCUUCCGGCCGGACUUCAGGGAAGUUAUGCCGGACUUUGGAGUUAACUAUUAUUACAGUUAUUCUGUUUUUAUUAUUAGUAAUUAAUUAUAACAUUAUUUUAAUGCAUUUCUUGUAUAUCUACUAUAACUUUAAUAUUUAAGAAAUUAUAACAUUUCAUUGCAUAAACAUAUUUUUCAAUAUAACUGUUUUCUUUUGAUUUAAUUUUAUAAUUGGUUUUUUGUCGUCU